UGAGCAUAGAUACUACAACCACUAACGCUGUGAGCUAUUGGGGCAGUUCCUGACUAAAAUAUCUUACUGCUAUAGUCUAAGUAGAAAGUUCUUUGUGUGGAUAAUGGGCUUACUAAGUGUCCUGUUGCUACUGAUAGGUUUGAUCUACACUGCUCACUGUCAAAACCGUGGAACUGUUCGACUUGUUAGAAGUGGAACUUUCUCAUCAUCUUAUUCAGCUGGAAUAGUUCAAAUCUAUUACUUCACCAGCUCCUCCAGUACAAACAGAUGGGGCAAUAUUUGUUAUGAUAGUUCAUUUGGUAGCACUGAAGCUAGUGUCAUUUGUAACCAGUUGGGGUAUAAUGGAGCAUCAAGUUAUGGUAGAGAUGGUAGCACAUCAAGUUAUGGAACUGACAGCAGUGCUACCAUUAUUGAUGAUGUUAGUUGCUCGAAUAGUAACUAUUUAACUCUACAGCAGUGUACUCUUUCUACAUCUAUUUCAACUUUAAGCUCUUGCUCUCUUCGUACUUCAUAUGAUGCUUAUGUAGCUUGCCAUACAACUAGAAUCUGGAAUAAUCCUUAUUCUGGACAGAUUCGUCUACAAGGAAGUACUUAUUCAAGUUAUGGUAGACUGGAAGUAUAUUGUAAUGGACAGUGGGGUACAGUAUGUGAUGAUACUUUUGGUUUCACUGAUGCUAGAGUUGCCUGCCGUCAGUUAGGAUACAGUGAUUACAAUUCAUACAGUGGAAACCUUGCUGGGUCUAGCUCUCAACCUAUUUGGCUGGACAGGGUUUAUUGCAGCAGUUCAGACAGUUGUCUUGCCUAUUGUGAAUCUUGUCCCUCUUCAGAAUAUCAUGACUGCACACACAGUGAAGAUGUUGCUUUGGGAUGUGAAUUUGACACCUCUCGAACUGAUUCAACUAAUACACUAAGUACCUGUCGAUAUGCUGACUCCUCAGCUAACAUAGGAGGGAUCAUUGGAGGAGUGAUUGCAGCUUUUGUCAUAUGCUGUGUCCUCAUAAUAUCAAUACCAAUAUGUAUAUGUUGCUGUUUGGGUGUUGGAAUUGGUGCUGCUGCUCGUGGUGGAAGGAGUGGACGUGCUACAGUAGUAACUGCUGGUACUACUACUGCUACUAGUGCUACAGUAACUACUACUAAUACUAGUAAUCUUACUGCACCUCCUCCUCCUGCUUAUGAGCAACAGCCACCACCUCCUGCUGCUUAUCCUGCAGCUUAUCCUGCUGCUGGUUAUGAUGCAGAAAAAGCUCCUUAUCCACCUCAGCAGGGAUACCCUGCUCAGCCUGGCUAUCCACCACAGGAGGGGUAUCCUCCUCAAGGAUAUGCUUAUCCUCCACAAGGAUAUGAAGCUCAGCCUGGCUAUCCACCUCAACAAGGAUAUAAUUAUCCUCCACCAGCUUAUCCAGCUCAAUAAUAUUAUACUGUCAUUAACUAAUUUUGUAUGCUUUGUUAGUAGAACAAAGUAUACUCAAACUGUAGCUGAUCGUCUUAGUUUAGUUAUGUAUUUUCCCUUUGUAUGGUUGUUAGUUGUUAUCGUGACUAUUUAAGUGAUUUGUAAUGACCAAAUUUUUAUUCUUUUCAAAGUAACUAAUUUUUAAGCA